AUCUCACACCAGCCUUUACUUAGUAUUUAGUAUUACUUAGUAUUAGUUAACAUAGUAAAAGAUUAGUGACUAAAAUGGAAAAUAUAGAGAAUAUAAGAUUAUUUAUACGAUCACUAGAUGCUAGUACGGAGCAGUUAGAGAAUGCUCUUGAACCUAUACUAAAACAAUCAUUAAAUGAAUUAAUAUCUCAAAAUGUUUCAUCUAAUGAUCCUAUUGAAAGAAUUAAAAUAUAUAAUAAUUUUACAUAUACAUUAAUAUCCGUAUUAUUUUCAUAUAUAAAAUCACUUGGAAUUAAUACAGAUACUCAUCCUAUUAUGAAAGAACUUACAAGAAUUAAACAAUUUAUGAAACGAUUAAAAGAUAUUGAAACUAAUGCUGAAACUAGUGAACAACGUCAAAAGGUUCAACAAGAAAAAGCUAAAGAAUUCUUACAAAAUGCUCUUGGAUCAAGAAUUAAUGGUGGAGGUCAAGCAGCUCCCAAUAGUUUAGCUUCACCAGCAAUCAGUUCAUCAAAUUUCCAAGGUUCACAUACAAGAUUUACUGAUAAAGAUGAUGAUGAUCAAAGUGACGAUAAUUCAACUGAAAAAGAUAUUGUUGUGAAAAAGGGUAAGCCAGAACCAAAAGUAAAAGCACAAAGUAUUAAGAAAUCGUCUUCUAACAAUAAGAAGAAUUUCAAAGUAUCUAAGCCAAAUAAGAAGAGUAAAACUGGAUCUACAAAAUAGAGUAAAUAGAAAAAUUUGUAUAUAAUUUAUUAGAAUAUAUGAAUUAAAGAAUUGAAAUAUAAAAUGCAAAGUAAUAUAAACUCCACCAAAUGGUGUAUAGUUC